CCAGUGCUGUUACAGGACCUGAAAUUGGGCCCAGUGACAAAAGUCUGGCUGCAAACCUCUGGUGGUAUCUCCUCUUGCUGCUGUCAUACAUGAUGUAAACUGGGAUUUAAUAAAGCUUAUAUGAGCUUACACCACACGCUUUUGUUUUCAGUCCUGUAAUGUUUGUUGCUUGUACCUUGGUUAGCAUGGUAUUUCCAUGGGUCAAAGGGGAACUGAUUAAUUUGGGGUGUGAAUAGUGCAACCUUAUGGCUAUUAUAAAACACUGUGAGUUACAGCAUGUGACUCCUGAUUCCUUGGUUCAAGAUAAAUCUUGCAGUGUAGGUGACAAUCAUUUCCACCUGAACAGACUGCCUGUCAUUUUAAAUUAUUUGCAAAACAGUUUCUUCAACACCCCUUCUGACAAAUUAAACCAAUCUCCACCAAAUGAGCUACACAACACUUUUGGAUGAACCUGUAAUUUAUACUGUGACAUGUCAGUCACAUCAAUUUCAAGUGAUAAUGCAAAAUUUGAUGGCAAUGCAUUUUUUACUAUAUGUGGCACUACAGCAAUGUGACAAAUACCAAUAACUCAAAGGCCAUAAAUCAGUGGUCAUGAGUUAUUUUCAUCCUUCAUCCUUGCACAGUACAAAGUCCUGAUAUUUCCGGACAGGAUUUAGGUGCACUUAAGUUUUAUCCAAUCUUUCAUUUAGCUGUAUUUCUUAUGAUUGAAACAAAUAAAUAAACUUGAACUUAAAAUUAUUAAUUGCCACGACAGUCCAUCUCUUUCCAUCUUUACUGUAGCAGUUUCACAUACUUAACUGCUGUGUUUUAAGACCAAAGUUUGGCAUUGAAAAUUAAAGCCAUUCUUAGUGGUGGACUAGUGUUGCAAAUUGUUAAGCUGAGGUGAUAUGCCACCCAGAUCCUGAUGCAUCUCAUUAUCAAUUUAUUUAAUAGAUGGUGACCUAAACAACUGCCACAGUAAGUAUUGUGAGUUUUCCUGUGUUAAAUAAUGCCUCUGCUCUCUUUUUUUACUUAAGAUGAAUGUUAUUUUGACACAAAAGUGAUGUGAUGUUAAUGAAAGUGGUCUUUGUUUCAAACAAGGUGGGCUGCCUCCACUAUAAAACACUGCAGGAACCCUUCAUUUGUACAGCUACACAUCUGGUUAUUAAGUAUUGAAGUUAAGACAAUCAAACUGAACUAAAUCAUAUGUGAGACUUUAUGUUGCACUGAGUCUUUGCUAAAAUAAUCUAAUGAUAGUCUAACUGAAUGACUAAUCUCACUGAUUAAAUUGGUACACUGCUAGUGGGGUAAGUAGCCACCCCUUACAUCACCUCCCAAGGUCCAAUUUUAUACAAGCAGGGCUAGAGACUAUUUGAUGCUUUUUGUUCCCAUAAUAUCCAGUGUUUCCCUAAUUUUAAAGGGAUAGAUUCCACAUUGUUUCAAUGAAGUACAGGUGAACUGAGAGAAGGUUAAGAAAGCAUCUAAGUUAGGCUGUUUUCACUCCUGCCAUAUGGAGGAAACACUGUCCUACACUCCGUGCCCUUUGUUUCACCCAUACUAUACAUAACAUUGAACAAUGUUCAUUCCUAUUGAUAUAGAUAACACAAAAGGAGAGCUGAUAAAGCUUUUAGAGUAUGCUUUUAGGCCAUAUACCAUAUAAAGAUCGCAUGUCAGGUCUGUCCUAUUUAGAAAUGAAAUAUUAAGAUAAUUUAGUGAAUUGGUCUCUGAUCCCAUUUGUGAGUCCAAAAGACAGUUGUCAAUAGGUUUCAAAUUGAAUCUAUUUCAGACCUAUAUAACAAAAAAUAUUAGUAAACCAGUAAAAGAAAUCUCCAAUAGCCCCAUCUGCAUAUCAAGUGACUCCCCCCUGAGAUACUGACUCCUUGGUUGGGUAAUAACUACCUACUGUAUAUAGGUAAUUUAGAUUCUGUAGUCCACCUGACCUACAAGCCUAUGACCUUUGUGAAGAAACACAGAUGAUCCUGCAUCCUUCAUGUUGAUAGUUAACAGAUCCACCUGUCAGUGCUCCCACUGAAACCAUAAAAUGCUUCGUACACCUCUUUAUGGGUGAUAUACUGUACUUUGGUGGAUCAUACAGUGUGGAAUACACACAUCAGGCACUCUAAGGAUAUUGUUUCUGCUCCACAUAAACCCAAAAGGAAAAUCCCAGUUAGCAAGAAAAAAAAAUCCCAACUGCUUUAAUCGUUCCAGAAAUAGAAGUUUUCACAAACAAAGAUAAAAACUGGUUGCAUUAAUAGAAAAUCCCUCCCAGCUACAGUACUCAUCCAAACAAUACAUCUGCUUUCACCACAUAUGCAUGCAUAUUUAACAUGAUAUGUGGGAACAUGAAUUAAUAUGUGGGAUUAAGAACUACUUGCAAAUAACGAUGAAUGCUGCCACGGUGAUUUUGCCACUUGUCAGGGAGAUCAAGUGAUUAUCCCUAUGAAUAAGUUACCACUUGUAUUAUCUUGUGAUCACAAAGUACUUCUGUUUUGUAGAGGCUUACAUAAGCAUGAAAUCACUGUCUGCUUGCCUACUUAUCUGACUGUUUCUAGGGGGCGUCACAGCCAGGAGGACAGUAUAAAGCUGAAUGCUAGUCUGGGAUAAACAACAGCACCACAGGACAAGUGUGCAGGCCUUUGACACUGCUACAUACUCAAGAGACAAAGCUACAGCCAUGGAAACCAUUGUGCAUCAACAGAACAAUAUCCCAGCACUGAAAAAAUCAAAGUCUAGGAAGAACAUCAGCCACUUCACAGAUGUGCACGGUCUGCCUUGCAUUGAGAAGAUUGUGAGUUCAGUGGAGGACACCCCUGAGCCCAUCAACACUGACAUUACCGGCAAAAUCCCAGAAUGGAUCAAUGGGAGCUUCUUGAGAAACGGCCCUGGGAAGUUCGAGAUUGGAAACCACAAGUUCAACCACUGGUUUGAUGGCAUGGCUCUCCUGCACCAGUUCAAAAUAUCAGAUGGUCGGGUGACUUACAAAAGCCGCUUCCUGUCCAGCGACAGUUACCAGGCCAACAAGGAGCACAACCGCAUUGCAGUGUCAGAGUUUGGGACUGUCACCAUGCCAGACCCCUGUAAGAACUUCUUCCAGCGCUUCUUGUCAAGAUUUGAAUUACCAAAGCCCACAGAUAAUGCCAAUGUGAGCUUUGUGACCUACAAAGGUGAUUAUUAUGUUAGCACGGAAACCAACGUCAUGCACAAAGUGGACCCUGAGACACUUGAGACAACCAAAAAGGUUGACUGGAGCAAAUUCAUUGCUGUGAACGGUGCCACUGCACACCCUCACAUUGAGCCUGAUGGAACAACAUACAACAUGGGGAAUUCUUACACCACUAAAGGAGCAUACUACAACAUCAUCCGAGUGCCCCCGACCAAGAAAACACCAGAAGAAACCCUGGAGGGAGCCACAGUGCUCUGCUCUAUUCCUUCUGUGGACAAGACCAAACCCUCCUACUACCACAGCUUUGCAAUGUCUGAGAACUAUGUGGUGUUCAUUGAGCAACCCAUCAAGAUGGACCUGUUGAAGAUUCUGACAGGCAAGCUGAGAGGGAAGAGCAUCAGUGACGGCUUCCUUUGGGACCCCAAGCUCAACACCAUCUUCCACUUGAUUCACAAGCAGACAGGGGAGAUAAGCUCCCUCAAGUACCAUGCCAAGCCGCUGUCAACCUUCCACCAGAUCAAUGCCUAUGAGGAGGAUGGCUUCUUAAUCAUGGAUAUGUGUGCUUCAGAUGAUGGCCAAGCAAUCACGAACUACAACGUCCAGAACCUUCGCAAGUCUGGAGAAGCUCUUGAUGAGGUGUAUAACACCUUGUGUAGAGUGUUCCCACGCCGUUUCGUUCUGCCUCUCAACGUGGACCAUGAUACACCCUACGACCAGAACUUGAACAACCGGGCUAACAGCACAGCCACUUCUAUAAGGAUUGCCAAGAACAAGAUCUUCUGUACCCAUGAGGACCUCCACGGGGAGGAUCUUCAUCAAUAUGGAGGUCUGGAGUUCCCUCAGAUCAACUAUGGCAAGUACAACACCCACCCCUACCGCUACUUCUAUGGCUGCGGCUUCAGACACCUUGUAGGAGACACACUGAUCAAGAUGGAUCUCAACGGGAAACAGAUGAAGGUGUGGGAACAACCUGGUCUAUAUCCAUCCGAACCAGUCUUUGUACCCUCCCCUAAUGCCACAGAGGAGGAUGAUGGUGUCGUCUUAUCUGUGGUCAUCACUCCGAAUAAGGACAAGAGUACAUUCCUCCUGGUUUUAGAUGCCAAGACAUUUGAGGAACUGGGCAGGGCUGCCGUGCCUGUCAACAUCCCCUACGGUUUCCAUGGAACAUUCAAUGCCACAGCAUAGCCAUAAACACAAAACAAGUAGACAAAAUAUAAAGAGUGAUUAUGAGGAACUGACCUCAUCUGCAUAGACAGAAGUCAUGGCAGAAGUCAUACACUAUGUAAAUAUUGUCUGUGACACAUUUGCAAAUGUAGAGGUCACUACACAGAUAUGAAUGUAUAGUUUAAUGGGACUAUUUUUUGGAAAACUGAAAAAUAAAAAAACUAACCUAGUUCAUUCAUAUUAUAGCCAUUAUAUUGUUGUGCUGUGUUGAAAGCAUGUCUUGUAAAUACAUUGUUUUUUUCUAUACUGUUUUAAAUGCUUCAAUUCAAGUACAUUUAUGCUUCAACAUAAAGGGGUAUGGCUGUGGGGUGGCUGAAAAAGGGGGCAUCAAGGGCAAAAAAUCAUUUUCAUAUGCAUUUCAGCUAUUCUAUACAGUUUAUUCUAUUCUAUUUUAACACAUCCUAUUUUGUGAGAACUAGACAUUGAUAAGUAAAUGCACUCUUUGGCACAGGGCCCACAUGUUGGAGAAAGCUAUGCUAAUUUAAUGAAUGACUAGUGAAUAACUUAAGGAAAAUGUAUGCUUCUAAAUGCAUGGAUAAAGCACUGUGAACACUCUCAAUAAAAAACUCCACUUAAACAUCUGGUCUAUGUGCAUUCAUCUCCACCAUGUUUGCUUGUUAACUAAAGGUGAGCAUUAUACAACACAACUGCAGAUCAGUUUUCACCUUUGUAAAAUAUUGAACUGAUACGUUCUAAAUAAUUAAUUCCAAGUAAUUGUUAAAAGUAAAUUUUUACACAAUUACACAAUUCCUACACAGUCAACCCCACUGGACAAACCCAGAAAGAAAUCAGAGAAAGCAAAUUUCAACUUGACAACUUGAUUACUAACAAAAAAACACAGUUCAGGUUACAAAGGCUACACUACAACCACUUUCAACCUGAGAGAUCAGGCAGAUACCUCGCAAACCAACACAAAUGCAAUAAAUGAAAAUGAAUCAUAUCAACAAUCA